AUGAUCUGCCCAACUUUAUCUCACACCAAUUUCACUAGAAAUGAUGAUUUGGCACUUCAUGCUUUCAAAUAUUCUGUGAGACAUCCAUUCAAUCACUUGGCUAAUUGGUCCAACACUUCCUCCAUUUGUAAUUGGGCUGGGGUUACUUGUGAUGCUAAUAGUGAGAGAGUAAGCAUAUUAAAUCUUGCUGACAUGAGUCUCACGGGCACCUUAACCCCACAAGUGGGGAAUUUGUCCUCCCUUGUUGAACUUGACCUUCAUAGCAACAGCUUUCAUGGUGAGUUACCAAAGGGGUUGUUGCAGUUACAGAAGCUGAAAAUUCUCAACUUGAGCUCUAAUGAAUUUGAUGGGAAAAUUCCAGCUUGGUUUGGAAGAGAUAUUCCCAAUGAAAUUGCCAAUCUCAGAAAUCUUAAAGCUAUUCACUUGGAUGCUAAUAAUCUCUUUGGUUACAUACCAAGAAACAUUGGAAGCUCUAUUUCGCUUCAGGAAUUGGAUCUUGGUUCCCAUAAUUUACAAGGUUAUAUACCAGAAGGUAUUGGAAAAUUGGAUAUGCUUCAAGUGCUAGGUCUUGAUCAUAAUAAUUUACAAGGAGAUAUUCCAACAGAGAUUGGCCAUCUUCAAAAUCUGAAAAUUCUCUAUUUGGAUACUAAUAAACUUUCUGGACAGAUAUCAUCAAAUAUUUUCAAUAUAUCAGAGUUGCAAGAGAUUGAUUUAAGCUGGAAUAAUUUGUCUGGAAGUAUUCCCUCUGAUAUAUGUCAAGGACUUCCAAAAUUACAAGCUCUAGGUCUUCAAAAGAAUGAAUUUUCUGGAUCCUUGCCAUCUAAUUGGAUACAAUGCAAAGAGCUCAAAUAUUUAAAUUUAGAAUACAAUUUUUUUACAGUAUGCUAUAGGGCUGAGCCCAUUUAUUCAUUCAUCAAAACUUUCCUUGGUAAGAAAUACCCACAGUAUCACUGUACAGCAAAUCCUGUAAAUCCCUAG